GUGAUAUUGACAAAACUCAUCAUCUUGGAUGCCUCCCGAUAGUAUGUAAACCAUACAUACCUGAGUUCGCCUUUCCCAUUUUCUUAAAGCUCGAGCUCCGCCGAUGACCGCCGCGGCACGACAGAUUCCAAUGGGGGGAGGUGGCGGGUGGAGGCUGCUGGUCUCUGAUUUCUUUAUGUCAUUCAUGUGGGUAUGGUCUAGCGCCCUCAUCAAGAUCUUCGUCUACAGGAUCUUCGUGUUCGGCCACCACGAUCUCGACGGUGAGAUCCUCAAGCACGCCCUAGCCGUCGCCGUCAUGUUCUUCUUCGCUUUCCUCGUAAAGGUCACCAAUGGUGGCGCCUACAAUCCCCUCACGGUCUUGGCGUCUGCCAUCUCCGGCGAUUUCAGCAAUUUCAUAUUCACCCUCGGCGCCAGAAUCCCUUCCCAGGUACUUGGGUCAAUUAUUGGUGUAAGGCUCAUCCUUUACAAAUACCCUGACAUAGGAAGUGGACCUAAGCUGAAUGUUGGCAUCCAUGGAGGCGCCCUGACAGAAGGGUUAUUGACAUUCAUGAUCGUGAGUAUCUCACUCGGGCUUUCCAGAAAGAUCCCUGGAAGUUUUUUCAUGAAGACUUGGAUCUCCAGUCUCUCAAAAGUCACCCUUCAUUUGCUUGGCUCUGAUCUCACUGGUGGAUGCAUGAAUCCUGCAUCUGUGUUCGGGUGGGCUUAUGCUCGUGGGGAUCACAUAACCAAAGAGCAUAUACAAGUUUAUUGGCUGGCUCCUAUUCAGGCUACUCUACUGGCAGUAUGGUCUUUUAGGUUGCUGUUCCCACUCCAAAAAGAUGACCAUGAGAAGAAGAAAUCUAAGAAGUUAGAUUAAAAGGCAUUGUUAGUCUGAGCUAUUCAUGUUUUAUGCCAAGCAGUUUUAGCUAAAAAAUUAUUCCACAGUUCCUCCCAAUCUGCAUAACAUUGAU